AUGACAUACUUUUGUACAAUCUUCGCUCUCAGCAUUUGUCUGAUUGGGACACACUCAGCACCGAUGUCAGGUUACAGUUCAUAUGGGAUGGGGAUGAGUCCUUAUUCUGGAAUGGGCUCCGGUUUAGGAAUGAGCUCUCUAUAUGGAAUGGGAGCUGCAGGUUAUCCUAGUCUAACUGGUAUGAAUGGAAUGGGAAUGAUGAAUCCAAUGGGUUUUGGCGGGAUGGGAUUAGGUUCCUAUGGCCUUGGUAUGACAAAUUAUGGAAGCAUGGGAUCAUAUGGUGGUGGAUUAGGAGGAUACCCGAUGGGCUAUUAG